CAAGCGUUAAGCAGGAGUAGGCGGUGUCAUGAUCGGUUUGCUUUCAAUGGAUGAUGAACCAGUUUUUUGUGUGUCAACAAAACGAAAUGAUCGCCGAGAUUGUUGUGUCUUCGAACAAACAUUUACAUGAAGCGAAUUAGAAACAUUAAUUGAGUCCGAAAACUGUAACGAACAUUCUACUCUCGGGGUCGGAUGGAUAGGUAAAUGUGAAAAGGAGAACGUUUCGGACUGUUUUGGCAGUGUUCCUGAAUAGUGUCACGCUGUCUUGUUCAACACGUGGAGUUCUGUGUGCUAUACAUUGCUCUAGUGCACAUAAACACGACUCUAUAUCGGCUAUAGAUACUUAAACAAGUAUAUUUGAAUUGAAACACCUAGAGUCAUAUAUGUGUAUUCAUUGUGCGGAAUGGUCAAGGUGGUAGCUAUAUCAUUACCGGCCGCACAGACCACGUACAGAGUCGGAUAGGGCUAAUUAGCAUUGGACACGGAUAACCGGAAAUACCUCUACUACUAUACUUACAUUGAUUAUCGUCAGUGGGCAAGGCGCGUGCACAGUCGACCGUUUUAUCGACCAGCAACAUUAUUAAACACAAUACCAGGAUGGGUUUUUCGGGACUUUGGAUGCGGUUGCUGUGCUUUGGAAUUCUGAUGUGUAGUUGUUAUGGUAAUGUGGCGACUUCGAUCGAACCCGUGCUAGUGAUGGAGGGGGACCCGUACCUGCUGGUUAUGUACGACAUGCACAGUGAUAUGGACCCGGGGGGUAACUGUACCGAACUAAACCCCCGGGCACUCGAGAUGCUGUGGUCACUCCGCUGGAUUGACGGAGUCCUUCAAAGUAAACCUACAAACAAAGUCGGCCUACUGGUGUACGACAUGUGUGGUUCCAAGUCCCGCGCUAUCCAGGUAGUCAGUCGGUAUCUUAAUCCAGACGACUGUGGUAAUAACACCAACCUAGCAGGCAUAAUCAGUUAUACAUCGUACGACGUUCGGAACACUAUCUCCGACUUGGUGAAGCCGUUUGGAAUACUACAUGCUAAGAUAUCUGUUGAUGAACACAUAUCGAAGGGACGGGACACAGUCCUUGACAUCGCCACGUUCUCACCAUGGAAAACACAAGCAGUGACAGUAUUGCUGAGCAGUGCGGGCUUGACACGAAUCUCCACCUUGGCGGUAAACACGCCCAGUGCGCGUGCGGAACAGCGCCUGUUCAAGAGAAUGGCACUUGACCAACAGUUCUGUGUAACAGACUCUGACAUCUUCUUCAACACCUCCUCCAUCGACUCCCUGGGGUCAAAGGUCGCGAUAGUAUUUGUUGCAGGACAGCAAGACCUAAGUGACCUAUUAAUAGACAUUAAGUAUAAAGAAGAUUAUAGAUUUAUCGUUGUUGGAGAUUUUAACAUUCUAAACGUUUCGGCGACCAAUUUGAAUAAUGUUGUGUUCUUAAGAGAGAGCCUUCCCGCAAAGGGGAACAUGUUGUUUUAUUUGGCGAAUAUGUUAAAUAAUAUAGAAACAAUGACGGAUCCAAUUUCUAGGAAAUAUCUUCAGUCGUUGCCGUUUUGUGCCCGAAAUGUCUCCACAGGCCAGACUAUCUGUUCUAAGGAAGUGAUGGACUAUCUUUCUCCGCGGAUGAAUGGUCGUGACAUGAUGGCGGUGUUUACAUCAUUCUUUAACCUUGAGAGGCUUAUUCUCCGCGCGGAGGCGUUCAACUGCACGGACUUCAAUUUCGAGAAAUGCAAUAAAUAUGUGCCAUAUGUUGCACUCAGUAUCAACCAACCGGACAGUGGAUUUCCAUUUAAUUUGAAUGAACUGACGGAGGGCUGGCUAGUGGACGAACCAGUAGACGUCCUCAUCAUGUCUGCCCAGGGAGACAACGUUACGGAGAUUGGCAGAAUAUUAAAAAAUGACUUGGCUUGGUCUACUUCGACAAUUUGGCAUGAUUUCCAGACUAAAAUUAACCGAUCCAAUUGUGCAAACGACGAAUGUAUUCCUUGUGACGCUUGCGCAUAUUCCGUUCGGGAUACAGAAACAGUGGCUUUCCUAACGGGUGAUCUGUAUGUUGGCGGUUUCUUUCCGCUUCACACAUCCUCUGUAAAUGGCGACGGUUGUGGCGCAAUGUCAUGGGAGGCCACACAGCUUACAGAGGCUUUCCUGUACGCUGUUGACACACUAAAAUCUCGUCAUCUCUCGGCGGGUCUUUUACCGUAUGUCACAUUGGGCGCGUUCGUUAUAGACUCGUGUGGAAACAGUGGAAACAUAGAUAAUAUUAUUGAACAGAAAAUGGGGUGCCCAGCCGUAUAUCAGGAGGAAAAUCAUGUAGACCUGAAUGAUGUUUUGUCAUUCGUGGAAUUUAACAACGACCCGUUUCAAUCGAGAUCUGAACUGAUUUCAGAGAAACCUGUAGUGCGUCUUUCAAAUCAGGGUGUCGGUUUGAACGACUUCAUGUUCAGCGAUGUUCUUCCCGAGAUACUUUCCUUAUUAACAGAUAUGAACUGGACAUACAUCAGUGUGGUUAUAUCUAAACAAGUAAACAAGGAUGAGGCAGUACAGAGGGAACUCCAAAUGUUCAGAGAGAAAGGUGUUUGUGUGUCACAAAUGGUCGUGUUUGAUUCUACGAAACCUGACAUGCUUAAUGUGACUGCUGAAGUGUUUGGACUGUCGAGAAAGUCAGACGCAGUUCUUCUCCUGACGUUACCUGUAGACUCUGCAAGAAUAAUAGAAGUGGCAAAGAAUGCAUAUAGUUUGAAUGUGCUAUUAGCGCCCUGGAGUAUACCGGAAGAGUCGGGCGUAGAUCUCCCAGGUAUGGUUAUAGUUAAACCGAAAUUUGAAACAAAUUUGAAUUUUCAUUCCCACAUGAGAAACAUCGAUUCGAUGAAACACUCUCGGAACCCCUGGCUUGGGAUGUUCCAUGAAAGUUACCACCGCUGUCAUUACCAUAGCGGAUCUGACAUCCUCUACCCGGAACGGUGCACAACUAACGCCACGACAGAAGGAUUGAACAAGUCCACGCUGGUAACUCAUCUCGUCCAUACGGUCGACCUGCUGGUGAAAGCUAUCGACAAAUUGUACAAGGAAAUUUGUCCUCUUCAGUCCGGUUUAUGUCCGGAAUGGAAGAACCAACCUAAUAUCCAGUCCCGGAUAAAUUCUAUUAUUAGGUCUGUGGAGGUGACGGACGGGACGGAUGUGUUCCGUUUCCAUGACGACGGAGUGUUGAAGCUGCCGCACGACGUCAUGAACGUCCGACUUGGUGAUUCCUCCAACACGCAGAGAGUGAAGAUUGGUCAGUUUGUGGACAGUGUUCUGACGAUCGACGAUAACUCGGUGAUGACGUAUGAUCAAUCUGGUAUCCCUUUGGUUGUUCCUCAUCACUGCAGUAACUGGUGUCCGGAGUGUAAUGUCUGCCCUUCACCUCCUAGUAUGACGUCACGGGACCACGUGUACAUACCAGGUGACAUAGUGUUCGCGUCUGUUUUCCCAAUCCAUAGCAGAGGCAAGGCGCCUUUCACGUGUGGUGGCCUGACGAUUGCUAUGGAAACUGAAGAACUUCUAGACGCCUUCCUGUUUGCUGUGAUAACUGCCAAGGACCGUUACCCUUAUCUGUUUCCGAACGUGACCGUCGGGUCGCUGAUUAUUGACUCGUGUUCGGAUGCAGAUGAAACUCUCAAAACACUGAUGAAUUUCGAAACGUGUUCAACAACAUUUUCGAGCGCUGAAAAUCCAACGUUGUCCCCAAGUCCUGCCCAAGUUUCCAGCUACCUCCUGUACGGAGAUACUGACAUGACAAUACCAACAAGGGCACUUGUUGAUCGAAUUGGAAAACUUGCAAUGUCCUUAGGAAAUGACAAGUAUGUAUUUCACGACCCUUUAUCAAGACAAGUUAUCAUGUUAAAUCCCUCAGAAACAGUUUACGCUGUCCUGGAAUUUCUGAUGAGAAUGGAUUGGACCUAUGUAUCUUUCGUUAAUUCUAGAUCAGAGACGUACAUGUCUGCAGUAAAGACAUUUAUGACACUUUCCAAGACUUAUAACAUAUGUGUUUCGUUCAACCAUUCUAUUGAAGCAGGUGAUAUUGCAUCUACUAUAUCUGUGUUAAGAAUGAUCGAUGAAACUCCUGCAAACACCGUUAUCAUUCUGGCCACGGAAAUAGACGCUAGGUUUUUAUUGGCGGAGCUAGCGUCCAGACGUGUUUCCAAAAACUUCAUCAUUGGGGACAUCGACCAGGACUGGGAUAAUGUCAAGGACAUUUCUAUUCCUCUUGGUACCAUCGUUAUGGACAAGGCCUGGAAAAUAAACGAAGAUUUUUACAACUACUUCGUAAAUCCCAUCCAUACUGUUAAUAGUACAAUGGGAAACCCAUGGUUCAGAGAUUUCAUCAAAGAAAGAAAGCUAUGCAGAAGUAUGGGUAAUACUGAUUGCAAAUCCUCGUCUAACGUGCUGAUGGAAGCUUCUAAGGUGGUGCUAGGGGUUGACGUGCUGAUGCACAUGCUUAACCAUCGGUAUAUGAGGUUAUGUCCGACAGGGCAAGGUCUGUGUUCAGCAAUGCAAGACGUGAGUGGAAACCUGUUAGAUAAUCCUGAGAAUGUCUCCUUUGUUUACCAGGGUAACCUCUCCAUCCAGGUUCCAUAUGCGGCCACGUCCUCUGGAACAUACGUCAUCAGUAGCUUCCAACCUAGCGGAUUCAAAAAGGUUGGUCUGUUGCGUGCCGGUAGAUUGGACAUUGAUACCACUAGCAUAAAGGCUUACGAUAGUAACGGGAUGGCAUACACGUCAGUCCGUGAGUCACGCUGCUACCAGACCUGUGUAUGUGUUAACUUUGGUUCGGAAAACUCCACAAACGAAGAGGGCAUGGCUGACCCGUAUCCAAACCUACUGUUCUACGACUCUUCGGCGGAAUUCGACAACAUGCUCUGGGCCGUGAUGGUUCUGAUUAUUGCACUAGGGGGCGCUUUUGUCGUAUUAAUGUUCAUGUUUUACGUUAUGUAUAAGGUGUGUAUAGGGUUUCUAUAUAGGCGAUACAUUGUCCUUGGUAUGCUUAUGUUGCUCUCGGUGAUAUUCCUCUACUUGGCCGUGAUUCCAUUCGUUUUUACUCCAAGUGAAAGAGUUUGUGCAUGUCGGAGGUUCAUUCCUGGUCUGGCCUAUGCGUUUUUGUUUGCAACGAUUCUCGCAAAGUUGAUGGCACUCCGAGCGUACAAGCUUGUCGGGCUGGGAGGAGAGCUAUCCAGUAUCAACCAAUUCCUAGCCAUACUUUUUAUAACGGGGAUACAGAUAGCCAUAGGGGUACAGUGGCUAGUGUAUGAGGACGAUUUCGUCAUUACUAGAAGUAAAACAAUCGUGCAAUAUGCAUGCAUAUUUGACAAGGUUAAAUUUGUUGAAUAUCUCUCGUAUGUAAUGUUUAUAAUAGUGCUUUGUGCUGUGUAUUCUUUAACUGUCAGAAAUGAGAAGAAGAAUUUAGGUGAGGCUCGUUUGAUCCUAGUUGCAAGCUGGGUCACAAUUUUUGUAUGGAUCACGUGGCUUGUCGUCAUCUACGUGGAACCACGUGAAUAUGUGGAACCAACCAUAUGUGUUGGAAUGAUUAUGUGCGCAACUGUGAUUCUAAUGGUGGUGUUUGUACCCAAAUUAUACAGGAUCACAAAUCUUAAAUAUGAUAUUAAAGACUCGGGUAUGGAAAAUGGAGGACUCGGUAAAAUAGACGCUGAAUUCAUCUUUGAAAGACCGUUUAGCCUUCCUGCUUCGACUCCCUCAGAAGCAACGUCAAUCAAGUACUCGGAUAAAACGAAUCCUAAGAGUAUCUCGACCUUUGACUCCACGAUGAGUUAUUAGCAAGAUCACUGUGUGAGGCUCAGGCCCAUUAACUACACGUAUACAUACAUUAGAUGAAUAAUGAGAGUUUUACAUAGCUUUACUAACCCGAUAUGUUUUAUAAUGUAUUGGUUAAAUCAAUAUUUAUGAAGUCUUUGUAAUGCUGUUGCAAUAUUUUGACAUAUAAACGUUUGAGCCUCACUGAUGUGUUAUUCAAAUACAGUAGUUAAGAAUCAAUAAAAUGCAACCAUUUCGUUAAGGAAUAGAAGAAACGACCAUGCUUUCUAUUAUUAUUUUAUAAACUUCCAUGUCUAAAAUCCAAACUACGCAUUUGUUCACAAUUGUACACUAGCGAGGAGUUAUCCCCCUUGAUAUGUGUAAAAGCGAGAAUUUAAAUCUCUUUUAUGUUUUUUUUGUUUUAAUUCUUUAUCUUUGGUACCACUGGUAAGUCCUCAAAUGUACAACAUGGCCAUAUGAUACAGUAAACGUUCACAUUGUUUCGUUUAAUGAAUCAACUUACUAGAUUUUAAAUAUGUGCUUUUAAAUACGUAAUUCGUGUAAUUGAUUUUAUUUCCAUGUAAACAUUAAUUCAUGUAAUGACAGCAAAGCUAAAUUCUGAUUUGUAACAAAAAUCUUUUUAUCGAUACAUGUAAAUGUUAAGUAUAUCGGGUAAUAUUUCCAAUUUCAAUAAUAAGUAAAUAUAUUUCAAAGUAUAUGUCACAGAUCUAGAUGCUUCUAAUUUAAGUUAACGAAUUAGUCAUUGAGUGGAUUACGAUGCCCCUGAUUGAAAUUCAUUCUAAAUUAACACAUGCGUGACUUAUAAAUAUAACGUAUAUAGUUAUUCUGACUGAGUAAAGCACAUAUCAGUAUGUAUGAUGAAACCUAUGAAUCAUUAGCAUUGGCAAUUUUCAAUAUAAAAUGACGAAUGGAUUUCUCUUCAUUGUCAUUUUUUUCCCCUGCAUAAUAACCCUUUUCUUGUCCCCAUUUUUCUUCAAAAGUUGUUGACUUUAUUCUAGGAUUGGAAUUAUCUUUUUCAUCAAUUCAGAUGUUUACUUUUUCCUAAAUUGAAGGAAUCUGAUCGAAGUGGGUUUACCUACACUGUAUUGAAGACUUUUGAGUAUGUAACAAUGACGCAGUUGUUUUACAGAUACAAACCGUGAAAAAUAUUUAUUAACAUGCUCACCCAUCCGAACGCUUACACUUCCGGAACACUUGGUCUUAUUGUUCUGGUACUUUUCAACGGUCCCUCUAGGUUUUAUUUAUUUGAGUUCGAAUAAUGCUUUUGUUGACACUUUGGUAUUCUAUUGUUGUUUUAUGAUCAAAUAUAAGGUGCUUCCAACGUACAGUUGGAAGCAAACUUAACUUGGUAACCUGGUGCACUGGAGUUAGCAAGGAAAGUGAACUCCAGUGCACACCCGCUUGGAGUUCACAAGCUUGUGCUCUGGUGUUAACUGCAUCGACAAUUCCUCUUUAUCAUAAUAAUUGUUUUAUCAGUUAGUUCAUAUUGUGUAUUUUUCAGUUGCCUUCCGCUGGUGUAUAUUCUUAAACUUAAUAUUAAAGAAGCGCACGCGCAGUAUACUUUCAAUAUAGAUUUAUAUACUAAUCUAAUUCCGUGCUUAAAUGAAAGGUUUUUUCAAGUAUAUAUGUGUAAAUGUAUGUAAAAAAAGAGCGAUACUUUGUUAAAUAAUAAGUACAUAUGUAUUGGUGGUUUAAAAUUUGUAAUACUCUGUCUUAUAGACAUAUUUGUUAUUAAAG